GAUAUCCAAAAUAUCAAAGCAAAGCUCUCCUCUUUAUCUAAUCCUUAAAAAUCCUCAUAAAAGAUUUGUUCUAGUUAGUUUACAAAAAAAAGAUUUGUUCUAGUUAUUUUAUUUUUUUCUAACUUUUGCGUUCUUUCUCCCACUGCGCUGUCUUCUUAAAAAAAACAAAAUAUAUUCCUAUCAGAACUUGCUUUCUCCACAAUUCAAAGCUAAUAACUUUUAUACAUUUUCCCUCUUCCUCUUUUUGCAAAGUGAAAGAAGAAUAGAAAACAUAUAAUCAGAUCUUGUUUUUUUAGCACAGACCCUUUUAUCUCCGUUCCUUGCAUGAUGUAUUGAGCUUAAAAUAGCAGCAAAAAUUGAAUUUUUCUAGGGAAGAACGAGAAAAAGUCAGAGACUUUACAUCUGGGUUCGUCGUUUAAAGAUUAGAUCUUCAGUUUCUUUUUGCAAUGGGUAUGGCAGCAGCGGAAUGUCAGUUUCAUGUUUUAGCCGUUGAUGAUAGUUUAGUCGAUCGGAAACUCAUAGAGAGACUGCUUCAAAAGUCUUCUUGUCAAGUAACAACUGUUGAUUCAGGCUAUAAGGCGUUAGAGUUUCUGGGUUUAAGACAAGGUACUGAGAGUAACGACCCAACUGCUCUUUCUCCAUCUCCUCAGGAAGUGAAUCUUAUCAUUACAGAUUAUUGUAUGCCAGGCAUGACUGGUUAUGAUUUACUCAAGAAACUCAAGGAAUCACCAGCUUUUAAGAACAUACCGGUAGUAAUAAUGUCAUCGGAGAACGUUCCUGCAAGGAUCAGCAGAUGUUUGGAAGAAGGAGCAGAAGAAUUUUUCUUGAAACCAGUAAGAUUGGCUGAUCUCAACAAGCUGAAACCUCAUAUGAUGAAAACAAAGUUGAAGAACCAGAAGUUGGAAGAGAUUGAAACACCUUCAGAUGACGAAAAUGGAACCGUCGCAGCAGUUGAACCAGAGAUUAAAGAUUCAGUAGAAAUGGAAAUCAAAAUGUUGCCUCUACAAUCAGAAACAGAACCAAAACGAGUGCUUCUGCAAGUGGUACAACAAGAGGAGCAAAUGUUGAGUAACAACAAGAGGAAGUCAAUGGAAGAAGGGCUCUCAACAGAUAGACCACGUCCUAGGUUAGAGGGCAUCGCAACCGCUGUCUGAUUUUGGAGUUCUGUAGAUUGUUGUAGGAAUGCUUCUGCUGAUGGUACAAUACAAUGCAAAGAGGGAAUAUAGAUGGAUGAUAAUAUGAUUGAAUGAUGAUGAUAAUGUUUAUAUGUACAUCAGUAAAUCAUACAUGGUAAAUAACCCAUUUCACAA